GAAGUGACAAAUACAUAAGGUUUAAACAAUUAAUUAAUUAUAACAUAUAAAUUAUAAAAUUAUUGUAUUUGAAAUAGUUAUAUAAAUAUUUAAGUAUAUGAUUAACAUUAAAAAUAUAUACCACUCAUGUUCUAAAACAAUAGUUUAUGUAUAGAAAAGUGAAAACAAACACCCGUGCGGUUGUACGGGUCAAAAUCUAGUGUAUUAUUACAACAAAUGGAAAUUUAGUUCAUAUAUUUUUAGGGAAUGUUUCCUUUCAAAAUCACCAGAUCUCGUUAAACAUUCUCAAUCUUGUGAUCAGUAACGGUUUUCUCAACUUAAAUUUAUUUAUUAGAUAAGAAAAAUAUUCAUAAAUACAUACAAAAUAAUAAAACAACAAAUUAUGUAAAUAAAAUGAUGAGAAAAGCGACCAAUAUAAUUCUUGCCAUCUUUAAAUCUUUGUCGCAUUAUGAACACUAAUUCUAUUUGUUGUAUUACAUCGUCUUUGUUCCAAUUUAGAUUUUAUAUAUAUAUUCUUCAGGUUUAGAAUCCAGGGCAUUUUCUUCAUUUUAUGGUUGAUCUUAAUUCGUAAUAUAACUUUUUGGCCAAAAAAGUUAGCGGUUAAUAUGCGCGGAUCACAUGUGCGGAGUCAAUGUCGCAACCCCCUACAAGUAGAAAAAUGCUUCCUCUGUUUCAUAAUAAAGUUUUUGCACAUGAAUUAAGAAAAUUGUUAAAUUUUCUAUUUUAACACUAUCUAAUAUAAUUUUUGUUUUGUUUUUUUAGUGAAUGAAUUAAAAAUAAGAAGAAAAAAACAGAAAAUUAUUUAAAAUAUGCAUUUCAAAUGUAAAAGGACGCUUAUAAUGAAAGAAAAUUUAGAAUCUAAAAUAACACUUAAUAUGAGAUGGAGAGAGUAUAUUUUUCGAGCGUUUCAUGGAGAUUUCGUUUUUUCGUUAACGUUUUCGUGGAGAUUCGGAGUUGCGGAGAGAUUGGUAGAAAACAAAAUUUUAACAUUGACGCUAACUAACUACCUCAAAUAUCAUAACAAAAUCUAUUACUUGUAAAUAGGGCUAGGCACGGAUUGAAUACUACCAUAAUUUUGAUUAUUUGUGAUUUGUUUCGUACUUAACGGAUAUCUAAUUUUCUGAUUUUAUUUGGUUUCAAAAAAAUACAGAUAUCCAGUUUUCCGGAUAUCCGAAAAAUUUACAGAUAUUAUUGAAUAUUUACGGAUAUUUAUGGACACAUCAUCCACUUUGUUCAGUACAAGCUAAAUCUAGAAAAAAACUAGAAGAAAUUGUUUUCAAAUAAUAUCUUUUACUUAAUACGGAGAAUGAAAUUAAAAAAGUAAACAUUAAUGAGACUAUAUGUUCCAUAAAAUUUUAAAAUUAUUUAAAAUCUUUUAUAAAACAUAAAUUGUAAUUUUAUAAGAAAAAUUAUUUUCCUUUCUUAAUUUAAUAAUCUUAAAAAUUAAUAAAAUUAUAUUUAAAUAAUAAUGAUAUUAAAUUAUACAUUAAAACUUCUAUAUUCAAUUAUAUAUAUAUAUAUAUAUAUAUAUUUGUAUAAAAAUCCGAGCGGAGUCGAUAUCCGAGUCUAAAAAUUUAGUAUUCGUGAUUUGCUUCGUUUUUAACGGAUAUUGAUUUUUAUUAUUUGCUUUGCUUCGAAAACUUAAGGAUAUCUGAAUUUUUCGUAUCAAAUUGAAACGAAUAACAAAUCGAAUAAAAAAAAUGUUUACCCCUACUUGCAAACUGAUUGGUACAAGGAAGAUGCUGCUCCGUAAUUGGUCUGACUUAAAUUAUCUGUAGCUAAUAGUCAACAAUUACAUCCUUUAAAACAAAUUACAUUCCUUUAAAAAGAUAUUACAUUCAUUUAAAAAGAAAUUGCAUUCCUUUUUUUUCCCAAAUACACUUAGCAGUGAAUGACACUUGUAAAGAACUUUAACUGUGAUGAUGACAAAAACAUAUGACCAUCACAAGAUUCCUAACUAGUCUCUUUUGUCUUUUUUUUCCUAUCUUUUCGGAAAUGAACAGAAACCGUAAAUAUAAAUACCUAGCUCGUGCAAGUAUCAUGCAACAAAAGCAUUUUCGAAAGCCAUAAACUAUUUGAGGUGAUCUCCUCUUCCUAGCUCUGGUAUAUUCUUUUUUUUUUGGUAAAACUCUGAUAUAUUCUUACUAAAUGUUUCAAUGGUUUUUUUCUUUCUCUAUAAACUCACGGAGUAGUCAGCCGUGAGUAGGCUCACGGAGUAGUCAGCCGUCGUCUGUCUUCUCAGGCCUGUUUAAUUCAGAUCAACUGCGUAAGAUUGCCGCCUCUGACGAUCUGAAAGAGAUGGCAGAAUCUGAUCCUAAGCAUCUCAAAAUAGCCUUGUCGAACCGGGAAUCAGCUGCACGUUCAAAGGCGAAGAAGGCGUUGCACGAGUCCGAGUUGGAAGACAAAGUCGAGACACUUGAGACUCAGAUUGAUAUAUUGACUGCCGAGCUCAAGCUUGAGAAGAGAGGAAGAAUGACGGCGGAUGACGAGUGCGUGCAAUUUAGGAUUCGUCUUCAUGCAGGGGAGGCGCAUGCACGACUUCGUGAAGACUUGAUCCAACAAUUGAAUGGAGAAGUUCGUCGGCUAAUAGAAGAGGCGAGUGUGCAGAGAGAAGAGAUGAGUAGGCUAAGAGAAGAGGUGAGCGAAUACCGGAGGAGGGAAAGUGAGAGAAUGAACGCAAACAUGUUGGAUCAACUCAAUAUCAACCAGCAGUUUCAAGAGAAGCCGCAGCAGACAAAUUAUAAUUUCGAAUGAAGAAUUGCAUCAUGAUGAUCAUGGAUCCAAGGAAGUGGCAGCUUUGGUAUCCAGGAUUGAUUGAAGUACUAUAAAUAUAUAUAUAGUUUAAAAAUAAAAGUUGUUUGAGUUUAUAUAUUAUAUGUGCAAGAGAGUCAUGCUAAGAUAUAAAAAAGAAUCAAUCCGAACUUCGGAAGGAUUUGAAAAGAGAUUCAGAGAAAUGUGAUCUCUAUGUAAUGUCUUUUCUCAUCCAGUUGAAUAAAAAAAAGGAAUCUGUUUUAUAAUGGGAAUUUGCACCCUUUUUUUUUUGUCGUCGGAAUUUGCAUUGUAUAACUAUAACAAAACUAUAAUUUGACAAAUAACCAUAUGAAACUCAUGGCUACAGUAUUGUGUAUAUAUUAUGUAAUAGUACAAUUCAUACCCUAACCAAUCUUAACCAUUCAUUUUUAUCUCUUUCUUCUUUCUUUGUUUUUUUUCCCCAUCUAUUUCAUUUGAACUGUACUUUUGUAUUAAUACAAUCAAAUCAAGAGAUUAUAUUGAAUAUAUAUAUAUAUACUAUAGCUUAAAAAAAUUCAAUCCGACAUAUGUUUUUUAUAAAAUCAAUAAAAUAAAAAUUUAACACAAAAGUUAAGUACUAUUCUAUAUCAAUAUUCUAGAAUAACACAUAUUUAUAUAUGUUUUUUAUAAAAUGAUGAUAAAUUAUGUACUUUUAAGUGAAACUAUGGUAUAUCAACGUCAUACAUGAUAUAAAUGUUUUUCCAAAAGAUAUAUAUUUUCGAAAAGAUAUAAUAUGUUUUUUAACAUUAGAUAUAAAAUGUUUUAAAUGAAUUUUUAUUUCAUUCUAUACUAUAUGAUCACUAAAUAUAGAAUAAUAUAUUAAACUUUCUC